AAGACCAGCGGGGGGCCGCUCCUCUCUUCCCGGUUCCUCCUGACGUCGCUCCCGGCUGCUCCCUCCCACCUUCCCGGCUCCUCCUCCGUCUGUCUCCUCGGUUCCCGAAGGAGAGAAAAAAACUUCUCAAGACUUCCUGGAGCUCUUCCGUCCCGUCCAAGCGGUGAGCGGAGAGAAGCCGAGAGAUGAACCGAGAAGUCCGGUGACCGAUGAGCGAGCAGGCGGACUCCCCGGUGACCCCGUUACCCGGCCCGGAGCCGCGUGCCUGCCCGGACUCCCGCGGGAAGAGCUCGACGUCUGAAGUGGAGCAUGGAGGUGAGAGGAGGCAGAGGAGGCGUGGACGGGCCCCGGAGCUGCGGCUCCUGCUGGAUCCAGAGCCAGAGCCCGCAGAGGUCAGGAAGAAGCCAGGCGGCAUGAGACCCAAACCCAGCGAGCAACUUUCCCCGAUGCUGUCUUUAAGUGACUUUGAAGCAAAGUUUGACAGAAAGAAACCACAACCCAACCAGCUAUCAAAGGCUAACUCCCAAUACCAUAAGAUCUUCAAGGAAGUCGCCAGGGAAGAGUCCCUCAAACAGAGCUACACCUGCGCCCUGCAGAGAGACAUGCUAUACCAGGGGAAGAUGUUCGUCUCCGAUAACUGGAUCUGCUUCCACUCCAAGGUUUUUGGCAGAGACACCAAGAUCUCCAUCCCGGUGACGUCUGUGAAGUUCAUCAAGAAAACCAAAACUGCAUUACUGGUGCCAAACGCUCUGGUGAUCGGAACCACGGGUGUUCAGCACGUCUUUGUGUCCUUCCUCUCCCGAAACACCACAUUCAAGCUUCUAAAGUCCAUCUGUCUGCAUUUAGAGAUGGAUAAGACCAGUAGCAGCCCCGUGACUUCCUCCUGUGAAAACAGCUUCAGAGCCGGCUGCAUGUCGGCGCUUCCUCUGGACUUCUCGGAGGACUUCUCUGACCUCGAUGGAGUUCUGCAAAAACGACGGCAGAACCUGACGGAGAGCAGCAGCUCCGGAUCCCAGACUCCAGAUUAUGAAAAAAUAAGUGACUUCACAGUUCUUCCUGAGCCGUUUCUGAGCGGAGAGGUUUCAGUUCACGCAGAUAUCCACCUCCAGACGCCGAGCCCAAAACACGGAGCCGCCUCCCUCAAAAACGGCUCUGCACUCGGAUCCGGUCCCAAAGGAAAACCCUCCCAGACUAAAUCCUUUCACGUCCUGCUCGUCAUCUACCUGUUUCUAGUCAGUGUUCUGUUCCUGUCCUCCUGUUAUAUGGGGUUCAAGAUCGUGGCUCUGGAACAGCGUCUGAACUCUCUGCUGUCCAUGGACCAUCACAUUCACAGCGAAAAUCCGGGGAGUCAAAAGUCCCAAGAUGAAGUAAACGCUGAGAUCUAUGGGGAGCUCUCGACCAACCUUUUCAAGCUAGACAAGAUUCAGAGAAACCUCCGGAAGCUCCUGGAUGAGACUUAAAGAACAAACGAUACCGGAGCAGUUUGGUUGCCAAAACGUGUAACUCCUUUUAUUUAUAAGUGCUUUGCUAAAGCUGCUUUUUAACUGAUUUCAAAACCUGUUUUGUCCCAAAUGAGUUGAUUUUCAUCAUCAUAAUUUAGUCACUUCUCAGUGUUUUCUUCCUAAAGCUGCAUUCACAUCAGAAUCGAUUCACACGGCAGCGAAGUUGAGUUUUCAUAUUAAGUCAACGUAUAGACACGAUCUGAGGUCUUGUGGCGCGAUAUGGCCAGAUUGACGCGCCGAUCAGGGACUCGGCUUUGGACACGUGACGUUUUCAGUGACUCGAUCAGCGGGUAGACAAAAGAAUUCCAAAAUGGCUUCUUGAUGCAAGGGUUUUCAUGCUAAACUUCCAUCCAUUUUCUUAAGUCGAUGGGCUAGCGGGGUUGCCAGAAACCAUCUGGUUACCGUUGGGCAAUACACCCUGGACAGGUCACCAGCCUAUUGUAGAGCCUACGGAGCUGGAGCAAUUCUGCCAGCUUCGCCAGCCAGCCGACAGCGUAGCAAGCUCCAUGGCCCAGGAGCCAGUAGAGAUUAGCUCUGCCGGCUCCUGGAGCUCGCCAUGCUGGGCUAUGGGUCGUAGGGUUCACCAUGCUGGGUCAUGGAGCUCGCCAUCCUUUCCCCUGUGUCGUGGAGCUCGACAUGAUGGGCCGUGGAGCUCGCCAUGCUGGCCCCUGGGUCGUAGAGCUCGCCAUGCUGGACCAUGGAGCUCGUCAUGCUGUCCCCUGGGUCAUGGAGCUCGCCAUCCUUUCCCCUGUGUCGUGGAGUUCGCCAUGAUGGGCCGUGGAGCUCGCCAUGCUGGACCAUGGAGCUCGUCAUGCUGUCCCCUGGGUCAUGGAGCUUUUCAUACUGGCCCAUGGCCCGUGGAGCUCACCAUGCAGUCCCCUGGCCCUUGUAGCUCGCCAUGCUGGCCCCUGGCCCCGUGUAGCUCACCGUGCUUACCCCAGGGCCAUGGAGCUUGCCGUUCUGGCCCCUGGGCCUGUGGAGCUCACUGUGGUGGCCCCUGGGCCAAGGAGCUCGUCAUGAUGGCCCCUGAGCCGUGGAGUUCGUCAUGAUGGCCCCUGGGCUGUGGAGCUCGUCAUGAUGGCCCCUGGGCCCUUGGAGCUCACUGUGGUGGCCCCUGGGUCAAGGAGCUCGUCAUGAUGGCCCCUGGGCUGUGGAGCUCAUCAUUAUGGCCCCUGGGCCUGUGGAACUCACUGUGGUGGCCCCUGGGCCUGUGGAGCUCACUGUGGUGGCCCCUGGGUCAAGGAGCUCGUCAUGAUGGCCCCUGGGCUGUGGAGCUCGUCAUGAUGGCCCCUGGGCCCUUGGAGCUCACCAUUCUAGCCCUUGGGUCAUGGGGCUAGCUGUGCUGGCCCACAGACAGUUGGCUGCCCAGCAGAAGGAGACCCUCUGCGGAUGCUGUUGUAGCAGGCACUUCAACUUCAUGGGCUUAUGAUAUCAAGACGAUAACAAAAAGACCCUCCAGUUUUUUGUUUUUUUUUCCUGGGACAGAAAGUGUUCAAAUUUGAACCUCAGCCAUUGAUCUGGUGAACCCCGACAUGGCCACGUGCUUUCCGGCGCCUCUGUAGAACUCUCCAAAACAUAUAAACCCAAGCUACUCGCUCAACAUCGUUCAUGUUUUCCAAUGAAGUCCAGAAAAACGUUGGCGGUUGCUCCGCCCACACACAGCUGGGGCGUCAAGGACAUUUCAGGACAGUAAAUUUGACAAAUUUGGUGUGAAUGCAGCUCAACAUUUCUAGGGGUCAAAUAGUACAGUUCUUUUUCUGAAGUGAAAUAAAAGUGUCGAUCACUCCUUCUGCUUUGUUUGCACAGCAGGCGAGGUUUUGCUUUUGUUGUGCAAUCUGCUAAUAUAACAUUAAAGUGCCUUUAGUCAAUAAAGGUGCACUCUAGUUUAAGAAGAAAGAGUUUGAUAGAUUUGAUCGGUUCUUACUGUAAAUACAUGCUGUAAAUAGUUUUGCUAAAGAAACACAUUUAUAUGAAUGAUCAUGGAUUGACUUUAAUAUAUGUAGUAAUUUAAAAACGGUGUGUAGAUGAGGACCAGUGUACCUUCUGCUGUGAUUGUUUGAGGGUUUGUGAAGUAAAUGUCUCUGCCGAACUUUG